UGAGUCGACUCGGAAGAAAGAUUUGACAGAUAACAGAAAAAGGUUGAAACUGUGAAAGUUUGGUGGGAAGGAAAGGCUUCUCAUAUUAUUGCUUAAUUACCCUUCCCGGAGGAGAUCGGAGAUAAUGGCUGCUAAUUUCUGGGAAUCGUCUCAAUGCAAACGGCUUCUGGAACAAGAAGAAGUGGAUGCAGUUCACCCUCUCGACAAAGAACGUGGAAUUACAGUUGAGGAUUUCAAGCUCAUCAAGUUCCAUAUGUCUAAUCAUAUAACGAAAUUGGCUCAGCACAUUAAAGUCCGACAAAGGGUUGUGGCUACCGCAAUUACGUAUAUGAGACGGGUUUUUACCAAGAAGAGCAUGGUGGAGUUUGAUCCGCGUCUUGUUGCUAUUACAUGCUUGUACCUGGCUUCCAAAGCUGAAGAGAGCAUAGUCCAGGCCAGGAAUCUUGUCUUUUACAUCAAAAGAUUGUAUCCGGAUGAGUACAAGUAUGAACUAAAAGAUCUAUUAGGAAUGGAGAUGAAGGUCUUAGAAGCACUCAACUAUUCGCUGGUUGUGUUUCACCCUUACCGCUCUUUAUCUGAGUUUUUGCAAGAUGCUGCAUUGAACGAUGUAAAUAUGAACCAAAUGACAUGGGGAAUUGUCAACGAUACAUAUAAGAUGGACCUGAUUCUUGUACACCCGCCGUAUCGCAUAGCGCUAGCGUGCAUAUACAUAGCAAGUGUCCACAGAGAGAAAGAUAUCACUGCAUGGUUACAAGAUCUUAACGAGGACAUGAACUUGGUGAAGAACAUUGCCAUGGAGAUUUUGGACUUCUACGAGAACUACAGAAGUAUCACCGAUGAAAAAGUGAGUUCUGCGUUCAACAAACUGACUAUGAAGCCGUAGCAGCUGGGGAUUCGCCUCCAUCUCCAUGAUUUAUCUGAUGCUCUCAUCUUACAGCUAGACUUUCUUCAGUUGCCCAUGUUAGUUUUGUGGCAGACAUGUAUGUAACAUUGUUGAAUCUACCAAACAUAAAUCUUAAAGUGAUAACUUCAUCUA